AUGCAAGGCGAAACUCACAUUCUUCUCGAACCCGUAGACCGCUUCUCUCUUUCCGGCCAUCUACCAAGGAGCUUUCAACCAUUCUUGAAGGUGGCCGAAGGAUUACCCACAGUAGACCCUGGAGGCCGGCCAAUCUCUCUCUGUCAGGAUGGUUCAAUAACAACAUCUCAGACACCAGGUCUUCAAGCACGCGCGUCCCUCCACUUCAACCAAACAAUCACGGCUGCGUUCAUCACAGUUCCUUGGGAUUAUACCGACGACCAAUGCGCCGCUCUUCAUGGCCUCGGACGUCGAUCAUCUGCGGCGUCGUAUUUGAUCCCACCUUUUAUUUCCCACUUCUUGAACCACAAACGUCAUCGCUUCAUAUUCUAUCACCCAAUAGUGUUGAUGUACAUGGAGAAUUCAAUCCCCUCAUAUCACCUUGACUUUGCUUACGGAGUUCAAGGUAGCAGCAGCUAG